AUGCAGCCAAAGGUGAAACUCACACCACGUAAAAUAGGCGUUCAAGGGCCUUCUAUGCGACGAAAGGAGCCAACGAAAAUGUCACAGUUCAGUCGUGAGGAGUUAUCUGAACUGAAGCGUCUGAGCGCUAUGUUACCACCACGCGCUGCCAAAGAACAAGAUCCAGCACAACUCGUCCUCAACGCUGCGAACUACAUUCAACAACUUGUUGCCACUGUACGUGCUCGGGUCAAUAAAGGAACUCUACCAAUUGGCACUGAACUAACUCUGAACGUGAACAGGAUCACAAACGUUCCACACACUGGUCUAACCCAAGCGAUGGACAUGGAGAGCGGCAUUAAGGUCUUUUUAGUUUCGAAAUAUGUGCCAAUAUUAUGCACAAUUUAUGCUAGUGGUUGGGAUCGAACGGAUCUACUGAUUGCGCAAUGCGAGGCACCUGUAUGUAUUCUUAGCAAAGCGGUUCGAGUUACUAGAUCCUCAUUUACUAUCGAUGACGUCUAA